CACAUAUUCUCGUGUUCUCGACAACAAUGGAUUCACCCGAACUGUACCACAUCAAACAACAGUUCAUUCUUGGCGCCUACAAGAGCCUUGUCGAGCGCACUCUCCCGGACCCAGAAUCUCCGGAAUACACCCCCACCCUCGUCUACCAGGCACGCGCCCACCUCGCGCUCGGGAAUACAACUGCCGCGUCUGCGCUUGUCCCCGCUGCCACGGAAAAUGUCGCCCUCAAGGCCGUAGCCGCCCUUGCGCGCUUCAUUGCUGCCGAGACGGACGCGGCGAAGGAAGCGGCGCUCGAGGAGCUGAGGGAUGUGUCCGUGGAGAUCGAGGGCGAGGACGCGGAUGCGUCCGAGUGGGAGCGGGGUACCGUGCGCGUGCUUGCGGGCACCGCGUUUGCGCGCGCCGGGGAGAUCGAGGAGGCCCUCGAGACUCUGGGUGCAGGGAACGACACUCGAAACCUCGAAGCCGUCGCAUACACUGUCCAAGUCUACCUCUCCAUCAACAGGCCCGACCUCGCGCGCAAAGAGUUUGAGCGCGCGAAACGUUGGGCAGAAGACGACCUGCUCCUGCAGCAGAUCGAGGCCGCCCUCGGGCUCGCGACCGGGCGCGAUGCAUACGCGGACGCCGCCGCCUUCUUCGCUGAGCAGCUCGCGAACCCCUCGCUGUCCUCCCCGCGCCUUCUCACUGCGCGCGGUGCUGCGAGGUUGUUGCGUGGGGAGCUCGCUGCCGCGAAGAGCGACCUGGAGGAGGCGCAGGCGCAGAUGGGCGGCAAGCCAGACGCGGAGACGCUUGCGGCGCAGGUCGUCGCGGCAGGCUUGGGGCCAGGCGCGGCGAAGCCGGCAGAAGCGGAGCUGCUUUUCAGCCAGUUGGCGGCGGAGUACCCUGCGUUCCCGCUUGUGGUGGAUCUGCAGCAAAAGGCGGACCUUUUCGACGAACUGGCGGCCAAAUUCACCGUGCCGCCAUUGGCCACUGCUUCUGCAUGAGGGUGUAGAUGAUGCACGUGUGGAUUUUGUAUGCAUAUCAUGGAACCAUGGAGCGAUUCUGGAAUGCA